UCUAAAAAGUCAAAUCAAAGUUGUGCCAAACUGCAAGUUUAAAAGCUACAGAUGGAGAAAAUCUAAAUGAAAAUCUAAAAUCGAGAAGAAAUUACACUUUUACAAAAACAAAAACAAAAAGUUGGAUGGAAACAAAGAUUUAGGCCUAUUUUUAUAAUGCUGAAAAUAUUUUACAGUCAAGUGAAGUUCUCCUCGGACCCCCCUCAUCAGCUGAUGGCGAUGUCGGUGUCUCUCUCCAGUCACCCCGCAGUGAGGGACAGGAGCCUGGCUGUCUACCCGUCUCUGCCCGGCGCGCACAGCAUCUUCCAUCCACUCAAGUCUCUGGGCCGCAUGGUGACCGACGCACAGGCAAUCAUGCCGUUUAACUUCGCCGGGACUCCGUCUUUUUUCAGCCACAACAGCCACCAGACCGCGGUGUUCCACGAACAGAUUCUCAACGUGUCCAGCAUGCCGUAUUUCCAGCACAUGCAGCCGACACAAAGCAUGUACCCCAGGCAUAACGAGCAGAGCACCGGCUCUCCGUCCGAGUUCAGCAGCCCGUCCAGCGGAAAGUCUUCUUCGGCUUCGUCGUCUCCGGUUAAAGACAGUUUGAUCCACCUGCAGGCCGCAGAUCCAUCGUCAGAGCACACGCGCACCUACAGUUUUACAGAGGAAGACCUCUUCACUGUCCUGUAUGGAUAUUCAAAAAAACAAGGGCAAAAUGCUGGACAUGCCAUUUCUGGACUAUCAUUUCCCCCUAGUACAGCUGGUCGUCAUCUUCUCCCUGUUGAUACCGAAGGAUUUGAACUUCCAGAAGGUUUAUCGAUUCUCCAAACUAAUUGUGGAAGCCUUUCCCAUUAUGGAAUAUUUGCUGAUAAAAGCACAAUUCCAAAAGGCACCAGGUUUGGACCGUUUCAGGGCAAACUUGUAAACACAAGUGAGAUCAAAACCUAUGAUGACAACACUCUCAUGUGGGAGAUCUUUGAGAAAGGCCGCUUGAGUCACUUUGUGGAUGGAAGAGGCGCUCCAGGGAAUUGGAUGUCCUUGGUGAAGUGCGCGCGCUUCCCCGAGGAGCAGAACCUGAUUGCGGUCCAGUGUGAAGGCCAGAUAUACUAUGAGGCCUGCAAAGAGAUCCGAGUCGGCCAGGAACUCCUGGUCUGGUACGGAGACUGCUAUGUGCAAUUUCUGGGUAUUCCUCUCACCCUCAAAGAUUUUAUUGAUGACACCGAACCGCUCCCAGCUGAAGAUUCUGGAGAGGGUUUCAAGUGUGAUCGCUGUGGGAAAGUGUUUGCCUACAAGUACUACAGAGACAAACACCUGAAAUACACGCGCUGCGUGGAUCAGGGCGACAGAAAGUUCCCCUGCCACCUCUGCAACAGGUCUUUCGAGAAAAGAGACCGGCUCCGAAUCCACAUUCUCCAUGUGCAUGAAAAACACAGACCACAUAAGUGCUCCGUGUGCGGCAAAAGUUUCUCACAGUCCUCCAGUCUGAACAAACACAUGCGCGUGCACUCAGGAGAGCGGCCUUACAAAUGUGUUUACUGUAACAAGGCGUUCACGGCUUCCAGCAUCCUCCGCACGCACAUCCGCCAGCACUCCGGCGAGCGGCCGUUCAAGUGCAAACACUGCGGGAAAGCGUUCGCCUCUCACGCGGCCCACGACAGCCACGUCCGACGGACACACUCCAAAGACAAGCCCUUCUCCUGCGAUGUGUGUGGAACCACUUUCCAAGAUGCAGAAGAGUUGAAAUAUCACACGAAGACGCAUAAAAAACGACCACUUUUGGACAGCACUGUUGUUCUUCCUGGAGAAGAAAACUCGCUCUUCCCCACCAAAGAUUCUUUACAUGCGCAGAAACAGCCGGGCGACAAUUUCUCUUUUCCCGGGAUGACAAGCAUCACCUCCGAGUACAGACCCUGGAACUAACGCUUCAACACUGUUUCUGUUUGUUAUUCCGCCUUUUCCCUGCAAAGAUGACUUGCGUCAAUGUUGUUUGGUAUUGUGCAUUUUAUUUAAUAGUUAGGCUACCUGUACCCUAAGAAAAUAUUUUCGCUUAAAUUGUAUUGUUUUAAAUGUUGCUGCUAUUUAUUAAAAUGUAUUUGUCUAGAGAAAUACGUGUUUUUGUAGGCCUACUUUUUAAAGUUAGCUCAAAGCAAAUAUGUCGUCGUGUAAAAAUGAGCUGCACAACCAAAGCCAGUUAAUAAAA